GGCCGUUGAUCCUUUGGAUGAUGAUGAUAGAGAGGAUUCUAGAAACAAUUGUAUGAUUGAGAAAUUGCCUGAUGAUAUUCUUAUUUCAAUUUUGUCUUGCAUGAGAAUUGAUGAAGCUAUGAGGACUAGUGUCUUAUCUUCUAGAUGGAGAUAUCUAUGGAGAUAUAUGGAUAUAUUUACAUCUGACACAUUGGUAUUUGAUUACAUUGAUAAUGAAACCGGAACUAAAAUGAAGAGGAAAAAGUUCAAGAAUUUGGUUAAUUAUGUCCUCAAUUCGUACCGGGGUCCGUUUCUCGAUACUUUAAUUAUUGGUUACAAUAAGUUAGGAGCUCGAUCAAGAGACGUUGAUAAUUGGAUAGUUUUCGCCAUGAACAAGGAAGUCGAAGAUUUCCAAUUGGAUCUGUCAAAUUUAAAUUGGUCACACUGCGGAUAUAAGUUUCCCAAGAUUGAGAAGUUGUCUUCACUUUUGCACGAAGGUAUAGAGGCUCCCUUUCGCUCUCUAAGAAGCCUUAUAUUGGUUGAUGUUGAUAUCGAGGAUGAGUUGGUUCGGUAUUUUCUAGAGUCGUGUCCUUAUAUUGAGAAGCUGAGCAUCACAGCCUCUAAAACUACGAAAAAUCUCCAAAUUGUUGAUUCAUUCGGAUACUUGGAAGAAUUGGAAAUAUCGCAUUGUAACAACCUACAAAGUAUGGAGAUAUCUGCUUUGAAUCUUGUCUACUUUAAAUACCAAGGAAUGAAAAUCCGUUUGCCGUUCAAGAACACUCCAAACCUGUCCGAGCUUGCCCUCGGUGGGCACUUUUGUGACUCCUUCAUCUACGAACCUAACAAACACUCGAGCUAUUCGGAUCAACUGGUGGACCUUGUAUUGAAACUUCAAGCCAACAAUGAUUUUUAUUUUCUUGAUAGGACAAUUGUUCCUCCUGAUUCGGCUCAGUUGCACAAUCUCGAGCGGCUUGAAUUGACCAUCGAGUCACAAGUUGGAGAAAGCCUUCUCUUUUUCACAUCGUUGAUUAAGGCAUCUCCUCACUUACAAGAGUUUAAAAUUAAGAUAGAAUACUUAGUUACAGUCACGAACCGUACAGAUGUUCAGAUAAGAAAAAUGUUGUCGUUUCCUGAAGUAAGUUCAGUAGAGGCAAGUAGGUUUAACCACGAAAAUCUGAAGGUGGUUGAAAUGGCUGGAUAUUGUGGCUGCGCGAGUGAAGAAAUUUUACUAGUGCAAUUGUCUAAGAUUGCAACAUCACUUGAGAUGUUCGUUAUCGAUACAAGAUGUGAUUAUUUUCGUGAAUGUGAAGUGGUUACUUACAGGCUGAGAGAAGAAGGGGAUAUGCCAAUGAAGAAGAAGCAGAAGAAGAUGACU